AAGAGGUCCAUUCGUUCCCGAACCGGUGUUGUGGUUAGGUUACGACGCGCGCCGAACGUUAUAGUAAACAAGACGCGUGAGGAGUAGGUAUAGUAUUAUAUUGUGCACCGAUCUUUUUGCCGAACACUCCGACGACGAUCAGCGCCCAAUUGCAUUAAGAUGACGCUGAACAAAAUGGUCGUCUUGUUGACGGCGAGCCUGUUCUGUUCGGCUGCAGCCAUAUUCCACCAGCAACCGUACUACCCGGCCCCGGAACAGUACAAUUACACCGGUUAUUUGCCACAAGAAUCGUAUGGACAACCCCUAGUCGCUUUGCCGUACCAGGCACCACAGCCAGGUUUCGGUUUCGGACCGUCACCCGCCGCUGCCGGUCUAGGACCCCGUCCCGGACCCAACAAUUUCGGUGAGAUACCCACAGCCCCACAAGGUGCCGGAUGUCAGCCACCUGUUGGCCCAUGCCCCAACAACAAAUACAGGACCAUUGAUGGAUCCUGUAACAAUCUCAGGUACACCAACUGGGGUAUUCCCAACUCCAAGUACGCCAGACUCUUGCCACCCAAGUAUUCUGACGGCAUCCACGCUCCACCCACGUCUGUCAGCGGCGAACCACUGCCCGGUUCCCGUCUCAUCAGUAUUGUCAUGUUCCCGGAUGUCCCAAUCCCUGAUCCAGUAUGGACUCUCAUCACCAUGACCUGGGGCCAAAUCGUAACUCAUGAUAUGUCCAUGUCCAUGGGUACAACACAAGCAAAACGUCACUCAAUCAGAUGUUGCGACGACAACGGCCGUUUGUUGAGCAACAACCCAGAUGUGCACUGUUUCCCGAUUACGAUCCCCGAAGAUGACCCAGUAUUCUCUAAGUUCCACAGGGAAUGCAUGAACUUUGUCCGUUCCACCACUGAUCAGGAAACCGGAUGCAACGCUGGAAACAAGCCUGCAGAACAAUUAGUUGUCGUCUCGCACUGGAUGGACGCUUCUUUCGUGUACGGUUCUAACCAACGAUUAGCCGAUACUCUCCGUGAAGGAAUUGGUGGUAGGUUGAGAGUUGAGUUCAGAGACGGAAGACCAUGGCCCCCAGCAGCGGCCAACAAGAGUGCCGUGUGCGAUCAGCAAACAGAAGAAGAACCGUGUUACCAAUUCGGUGACCGAAGAGCCAACCAGAACCCACAGCUGACCGUUUUACAGAUCCUGUUCCUCAGAGAGCACAACCGCAUCGCCACGGUGCUGUCACACAUCAACCCCCACUGGGAUGACGAAACCCUGUACCAAGAAUCCAGACGAGUACUGAUCGCCGAAUUCCAACACAUCAAUUACCACGAAUGGCUGCCCAUUAUCUUAGGAACAGACAACAUGUUGAAAUACGGUCUGCUGUACAAGACUAAAGGAUACACUAAUGAUUACAAAGAGAACGUCGACCCAAGUGUCAUAAACGCUCACGCUCACGCCGCUUUCAGAUACUUCCAUUCGUCCAUCCAAGGACAAUUCCACUUGAUCGGCGAAGACCGUAAUCUAUUGAGUGCUGUCAGAUUAUCGGACUACUUCAACAGGCCGACAAUCAUUGAAAAGGGAUACAACUUCGAUCACUUGUCGAGAGGUUUGACGACUCAGAGCCAAGAAGAAGUCGACCCGUUCUUCACCAGCGAAAUUACAGACUUCUUGUUCAGAGCAGGCCGUCCAUUCGGUCGUGACUUGAGAGCUAUUGACGUACAAAGAGGCCGAGACCACGGUCUUGCAUCUUACAACGAUUACAGAGAAUUUUGUGGUCUGCCAAGAGCACACAAAUUUGAAGACUUUUCCGACUACAUCGAUGUUGAACGCAUUGAAAAACUCGCUCUCCUCUACAACCACCCAGAUGAUGUUGAUCUUUCCGUCGGUGGUUCUUUGGAAGCUCAUGUACCAAACACAUUGGCUGGACCAACAUUCUUGUGUCUUUUGACUGAACAAUUUUACAGAACUAAAGUUUCUGAUAGAUACUUCUACGAAUUGGGAGGACAAGUUGGAUCCUUCACACCAGAACAACUUAACGAAAUCCGUAAGUCUAGUGUUUCAAGAAUAUUCUGUGAUAACAGCGAUGAUUUACACACAAUCCAAUCUCAAGGCUUCUUGAAGAUUUCUGAAAAGAAUCCUUUGGUGAGUUGCAAUGAUUACGAUAGAAUUCCAUCGAUCGACCUCAACUUCUGGAAAGAAGAAUCAUACAGUCACGCAGCCCCGCAAUAUGGUUACCAAGAAGAUUACAAGAAGAAAUAAAUUAAACCAAACAACCAGUAUUUGUAAAUAAUAUACAUUUUCUUCUAUAAGGUUUCUUUAAUUUUCUUUCUUCUAUUCUCAUCUUUAGAUUCUUAACUUUCUUUAAAAAUUCUUUGAAGAUUCAUCAUAUUGUUUUUUAACGCUCAAACCAUAUUUUUACGUAUAUUAAUUAUUAUUUAAUUGUUUGAUUUUACAUUAUACGAUUAUUAUGUAUGUAAGUAUUUUUAUACUUAUGUCAUUAGUUUGUAUUACAUAUUGUUUAUUUGUAUGGACAAAUCAGCAAUCUUAAGCAUUGUUACCACAACCUCUAUGAUAUUAUAUAAGUACCAUAAUGUAAUUAAAUCAUACAAAAUAUUUUUAUAUAUAUCAUAUAUAUAAAGACUCAGAAUUAAUAACAAUGUAUAAUAAUAAAAUUAUAUUUUUUUUCGUCAUAAAAUCAAUUUUAAACCAGUUUAAGUGCCAGUAAAUAUCCAAUGUCCACACCGCAUAUUCUUGUAAAGAGCAUUUUUCAAAAUUAGUUGUUUGAAUGUAGAUAACUACAGUUAUUAUGUAAUUAUAAAAUUUAAACUAAGAAUAUUUUAUUUAAAUUAUACACAAUUUAUUGAA